UUGGUUUUUCACUUUCACUUGAUUCGUGCAUUUCGUCACAUCUCUCGAAUUCCCUCUGCCUGAAAAUCGUACAUUUCCUGUGUUUAGACUGAAUUAGAUGCGUAAACAAAAUCAUGGCCUCAAAAGCUCUAAGAAGGACAAACCGUGCCGUUAAGUACUUUCCUAGUAUAAGAGCAGUUGUCAAUCAAAUGGUUAGGAAUGUUCAGCAAGGAGCAUCGUUAAGUACAUCAAGGACAGAUACUGCAGUUUCUGGAGAUGGAUCAGGGAAUUGGCCAGAUGCCAGACUAGGACCAUUUGCACCUAAGGAUCCUCAAUUCCCUGUCCCUGGUAAUGUUGGUAUUGACCUAACUCAGCUUCCACAACCAGCAAAAAAAGAAUGUGGGACACAAAGGCAGACAAUAGCAGAAGCGUUGUUAGAACUGGAAUCAGAUGAUAUCAGAAAAGCAGUUGUUAUUGAUAUCCCUGCGACUAAAAGACUUCUACAACUGAAGAAUAACAAACUAUUUAUAGCUCUAAGAAGGACAAACCGUGCCGUUAAGUACUUUCCUAGUAUAAGAGCAGUUGUCAAUCAAAUGGUUAGGAAUGUUCAGCAAGGAGCAUCGUUAAGUACAUCAAGGACAGAUACUGCAGUUUCUGGAGAUGGAUCAGGGAAUUGGCCAGAUGCCAGACUAGGACCAUUUGCACCUAAGGAUCCUCAAUUCCCUUUACCUGGUAAUGUUGGUAUUGACCUAACUCAGCUUCCACAACCAGCAAAAAAAGAAUGUGGGACACAAAGGCAGACAAUAGCAGAAGCGUUGUUAGAACUGGAAUCAGAUGAUAUCAGAAAAGCAGUUGUUAUUGAUAGUUAUUCUAAAGAUUUCGUCGAAAAUUAUGAGGAAGCAGUAGAAACAGAGAAUGACAGUUCUUUGGGUUCAGUAGAAUGCAGUGUACAAGAGUGCCCUUCUUUCCUUCAUCAAAGCUUUAUGGAGUUGUUUCCUGGCAUUGGAAUACAGAUUGGUCAACUAACAGUUGUCAGCAUUAGUCAGCAUACUAGAAAUGAUAUGAGUGCAUGGUCACCAGAUGUAGAAGAAGAACGAGAAAGCCUUAUGGCUAGUUUUGUAGAAAGUGCAAGAGAAAUAUGCAAUAGUCUCUUAGCAGCUGGUUACUGGGCAGACUUUAUAGACCCAUCAUCAGGAACAGCAUUUUUUGGACCACACACAAAUAGCACUUUGUUUGAAACAGAUGAACGUUAUAACCAUUUAGGCUUCAAUGUGACAGAUCUUGGCUGCUGUAAAGUUAUUUCACAUCGUGUUUGGGGAUCUUUCGCAUUUGUUGGAACUAUAUUUACUAAUGCACCCGCAAACUCAGAUAUACUUGGUAAUAGGCUUGAACAAACAAAGUCUUCAGCAUAGAAGAAAAGGACGGUGGCGAUUCAUCAUCCUGGGUGAAAAGACAGAUACUAUUAUAAUAACUAUUUUAACUAAAAGAUGGAAGAUCCUUAUUGUUGGUGCUAAAGACCAAGGCUUAUUUCUCUUUAAAUUAUAAAGAAAUGAUACUAUUUCAGUGCAAGAAUGUAGGUCACUUCUCUCUGUGUAAAUUGUCAUUUUUGUGAUGAUUGACAUACAUGCAGAGUGACAGAGUUUUACUUGAAAAAUGUAUUCAAGCUGGUAAUGUUGAGGUUAUAUUUUUCACAUAAAAUGUGAAAAGAAAAAUUUGUCCUUUCUUGAAGAUUAGACAUAUGUUUCUCCCAGAAACUGCAUUAUUAGCUGUUACUGCUAAUUUUAAAUUCUUUAUUAAGUUUAUUCCACCAUAGACAGACAAGAGUUAUCAAUGUAUAACAUAGUUGAAAUACUUGCAGUACAACCUGUAGUAUUUUUUUAACUUUCUCAUUCGAAAUAUCUAAAUCUAAAAUCUUGUGCAUUUUUCUCAUCCAUUUCUUUGUUGACUAUUCUAGAGAAAUUGUUUCUUUAUCCAGAAAUUCUCCUUAGGUGUAAAUGUUCUUAAUUCUCGUUACUGGCCUAUUUAAGGCUUCCUAAACUGGACAUAUUGUUGGGAUCUCAACCACUGGAAGUGACUUUAUUUAACAGUUGUUUGUAAGGCAAAAUAGAGGUAAUAUUUAUCUAUCAGUUAUGUUGUUUAAUGAAAAUUGUUUGAAUAGUAUGACAAAGAUUUGCAACACUUCUCAGUCAAACGAAAUCCAUCAUCUAAAGUGGUAGAUGCAGAAAACUUAGAGUAACAAGGCGGAAUUGUAGUGAAAGCUCAACCUUACUUUAUUAAACCUUACUAGAAUAACCUUACAAUACAAGAAGACAAAAACAUAUAAUAUCUCAGAUAAAAACAGUGUUUGAGUAUAGUAUCCUCACUCCUUAGCCUUUAACUAUCAAGAUGUGCUUGUUAAUUCUCCCCUCUAGCUUCUAUAUAUUUCCUUGUAAACUAGUUAUGGGAAUUUGUUGUUAGAUCAGGAUAACUUUUACCUGAUAAGUUUGAGUAUUCUCAUCACCAGUUUGCUGGAUAAUGUAUGCAUGUUAUAGGGAGAAAUUGUAUGUUAAUCACCAUUGGGAGUUAGAGGGUUAAAACAAAUUUAUAAUCUUGUACAUAAUCCCUUUGUCUACAACUUGUUGUUCAAACUUAUGUUUGCAUUAAUUCGUCUAAGUUUUGAAGAUUCAACUGUGUUAAUCUAGGUUUUAUUAUACACUUAGCAUGCAGUUUGAAUACUAAAAUCUUCAAAUCCUUAUAUCUUGAGAGAAUGACACAAGUGUAACUAGGGAGGGGAGGUAGUGGGACAGAGUCUCCUAAAUAUUUCUCAAACAUGAGUUUCAAAGUAGAGGAUAGCAUUUCUCAAUAAUGGUCCAGAAUAAAAGGUUAUUUCCAUCAUU